AUGAUACGUAUGUACUACAAUGAUUUUUUUCCGCAAUUAUAUGUUAGACAAUGGAUUCUCAAUAUUUUUGCUACAAGUGUAAACUCAGCUACAAAUCAACCGAUCAACUUUGACAAACUACCACAUGGGAUCUUGAACUUUCAUAUGAAGGAAAUAAGUGGAAACUAUGGCCGUGAAACUCAAAACUUCUCAAUAUUAGACAAGACACUUAUUGCACAUAAAACAUCUAGUGACUUAUCAGUCAAUCAAAAUGAAAUGUUAAUUGGGAAAAUUGCUCAAUAUAAUCAGUUGCUAAAUGUAUCAAUUAUAAAUGACCUAAAGUCAGCCUGCAAACCGGAUGAAAUACACAUUACUCCUGAAUUUAAGAAAUCAGAUCAUACAUCAUGUUCUUCAAAGUCUUUACUUUACACAACAUUUAAAAAUAAAGACUUUUCAGGAAGGUCCUUAUAUAUACCUCUAUAUUAUGUUUGUUAUGACUUGGACUCCACCAAUUACUCUAAGAAGGAACGUAUAUUUGGAACAAUAAACAGGAACUCAGUUUGUCCAAGACCAAGAGAAAAUCCGGUGGAAAUAUCUGACAGAGGUACUAUAUAUCAUCAUUCUAUGGAUCUUAGAAAGUUAGUCCCAUGUGCUGUAAUAUACUGGUCAAAUGGAUCUGCCAGUAGUAUCAAUAGACCAACAGUACCCUAUUGCCUUGAUCAACUCCCUGUUUAUUUAUCUUCACGGUUAAACUUCAAAAAAAAUAUACAUGUUUGUAAUGACUGUUAUAUGCGUCAAAGUAAAUCUACAAAUAGUGACUUUCAACCAAUGAUUGUUCACGAUAUGCCAUAUUCACAAGCAAAUAAUAGUUUUUUAAACCGGUUAUUUAUAAAACUGAAAAGAUUUACAAAACUAAUUCAAAAAAUUUCAAAAUCUGAAACAACUGUUUGUUUUAAAGGUUUCAAAAGCUGCGGUAUUAAACAGUCUAUGCUAAGUGAGCAUAAACAGAAGAAUUUGAAGUUCUAUGCAGAUGAUAAAUCCAGGGCAAUGAAGUCACAAAAUUUGGUUAAACAAUAG